GGACCCGCUCUCAACUUCCGGUGCCCAAAAGAAACUCUGACUUUGAGCCGACUGACCCGUGCGGGCACGUGCGAUUGUAUCUUUUCUGUUUUAUGCAACAACUGUGCUAAUUGCAGUAGUGAAAGACUCGUUUUCGAGCUUUUCUCUGGAGGACUCUGAGAAAUUAAGUAACAGUGCUUCCUGAAACCAUCAAGAAAAAGAAUGUCUGUAACACUGCAUACAGAUGUAGGUGAUAUUAAGAUAGAAGUGUUCUGUGAGAGGACACCUAAAACAUGUGAAAAUUUCUUGGCUCUUUGUGCCAGUAAUUACUACAAUGGCUGUAUAUUUCAUAGAAAUAUCAAGGGAUUCAUGGUUCAAACAGGAGAUCCAACAGGUACUGGAAGAGGAGGUAACAGUAUCUGGAGCAAGAAGUUUGAGGAUGAAUACAGUGAAUAUCUUAAGCACAGUGUUAGAGGUGUUGUAUCCAUGGCUAAUAAUGGCCCAAACACCAAUGGAUCGCAAUUCUUCAUCACCUAUGGCAAGCAACCACAUUUGGACAUGAAGUACACAGUAUUUGGAAAAGUAAUAGAUGGUCUAGAGACUCUAGAUGAAUUGGAGAAGUUACCAGUAAAUGAGAAGACGUACCGACCUCUUAAUGAUGUACACAUCAAGGACAUAACUAUUCAUGCCAAUCCGUUUGCUCAGUAGCUAAUAAUAGACCUGGACAAAUACUUGGCAAGCUCUUCAUGGAACACACUUACUGUGGUUUACCCAGUUUUAAUUAUGUCAGAGAUUGCAUGAUCCUUCUACUUGUUUACAGCUAAGUUCUUCUAUGAGUUGGUGGAACCAAACAAACCAAAAGCUGGAGAUAAGCAGCUUUUAUUCCCACUCUUAUGAACAUAUUCUUACUGUAACUAUUAUCCAAUGUAUUUCUUUAAUUUUAAUAUAAAAAAACUUCAUUUAAUUUUUGUUAUAAAUAAACAUUGUAUUUUUAACUGCU